CCGUCCACAGACAUCUCAGCUCCACCAUCCGAUCCGUCCCUCGCUCAACUCGACUCAGAAUUCCCGGGUGUGACUAUAGGGAGAGUGAUUCAACUGGAACGAGAGCUCGCUGCAGCAUCUGCUGCUUCUCCUGCCCUGCCUCCUCCCCCCUUAGCCUCGUCAGCAUCAUCCAAACCUCCUUCCCAACCAUCAUCAGCCUUGACAGUCUCAUCCGAACCAGCUGCCGAACCAAGUUUGUCAAGCCCAGGAACGGCUGAGGAUGGGACUCUACAGCAACAUGAUGGUAGCAAUACGAGCAGCAGCAGCAGCCAAUCACCAGGCUCCAGCUCGGAUCUUAGCAUACGAGUUGAUUGGGGUCGCCAGGUAUCAAAGGAGCAGCGGCUGUCGGAGAUUCAGAGAGCAAGGCAGGAGGGGCGGUGCUCGAACAAGGGGGGUCUGUUCAACGCGUGGCCCUGGGAGGGGGGCUUCUCUGAAGGCUUUCUAGCGUGGGAGCCGCAGCCUGACAAAUACAUUCUCAUGGACUGCCAACGGAACCAGGUGUCCAACCGCAUUCGCUGCAUCCGCAAUUAUCUAAUCGUCGCAGGGGUGCUCAACCGCACGCUGGUGGCGCCGUUUCGCCCGUCGGAGGUGAACGGCAGCUACGACCGGCACGUGUUCUUCGAUCUCACCCACAUGCGCCGCUGCUACGGGCCCCGCACCGUCAUCACUCUCGAUGAGCUGCUGGCAGAGAGAAGAGCAGCGAGGAAUGGCAAUGGCAGCAGUGGCAAUGGCAGCAGUGGCAAUGGCAGCAGCAACAACAACAGCAGCAGCAGCAGCACAGCAGCAGAUAUAAUAAUAACCCAGGUGGUGUGCCCAUUCACCAACUGUUACUUCCAACCAGGUUGGGGCCUCCCUACAGUCCUCCCCACACUCGGAGGCGUCUCAUACGAGGCUUUAACUUUCACGGAUGCCAACCUGCCUCCGGAUCACUCUAUCAACAUCACAGAUAUCAAGAGAAUCGGGGAUUUGAUCUUCCCGUCGGCUGAUGUGUUUGUAAUGGGGGAUUUGGGAGCUUCGCUGUUUGAUGAAACUUUUCACAGGCAGAUUGACGUGCCGUUUUUUCGGCGCCCGGGCUGCCCGAAUAAACUGGCGAUUCAGCCCCACCCGGCGAUCUUCGAAGCUGCAAGUCGGUUUGUAACGGAUGUGCUUGUAAAGGGGAUGAAUGGCAGUGCAGCAGAGAGCAGCAGGGAAGGGGAGGAGCAGGGCAACAACACAGCAGCUGAGGACACGCUACCAUCAGCCAUUGCUGCUGCCAGUGGGGGUACCACCACUACUAGUACCAGUGGUAGCAGUGGUAAGAAUGCCAGUCAGCUUCGCUACAUGGCGAUUCACUGGCGGCGAAAGGACCUGGUUACCAGCUUUCAGGACUCAGGCUCUCAUCUCACAAUCAACCGCACUGCCAGAUGCAUUGCCGACCGCAUGGCGAAAUCCGGCAAUCUCAGCACCGUUUUCCUAGCCACUGACGCCGAACCUGCUGAGGUGGCGGAAUUGACCGGAGCGGUUUUGUCCCACCGCCCGGACCUGCGGCUGAUGCAGCUUCCGCCGAACCUGGACGCGCAGGCUUGGGCGCAGGUGCUGCUGCCGCACCGGUUUGAGCAUCCGGGGGUGGUGCGGGUGACGUUAGACAAGGCAGUGUGUGCUCUCGCAGACGUGUUUCUUGGGACGGCAGCUUCGUCGUUCACGGAGGACAUUCAGCGAAUCCGGACGGGGUUGAGAGUGGCGCAUUGUGAAGACCAGAUGUUGUGCGAAGACGAGCUAUAG